AUGUCUUCCGCACCGCUGAACAUUGAAAACCCCGUCCUUCCAAAGGGCAGCACGAUCGUCGUUUCGGGCGCGAACGGCUUCAUAGCAAGCCACAUCGCCGACCAGCUUCUCGCCCAAGGAUACCUCGUACGUGGCACGGUUCGCAAUCCGUCAAACACGCGUUGGCUGCUCGACUAUUUCGACAAGACUUACGGGAAAGACCGCUUCACCCUCCACGCCGUGCCCGAGGUAACCAAGGAUGGAGUCUUUGACGAGGCUUUGAAGGGCGCCGACGGCGUGAUCCACACAAUAGCGAUAACAAACAUGGACCCGGACCCUGAAAACGUGGUGCCUCCAAACAUCGCGGCAACCCUAUCCAUAGCCCGGAGCGCCGCCUCUUCUCCCUCGAUCAAGCGUUUCGUCUACACUUCUUCCUCGGGCGCUGCCGCGAUGCCGAAGCCCGGCGUGCCGUACGAGGUCAACCCAGACACUUACAACGAGGAGGCAGUCGCCAUCGCCUAUUCCGGAAAAGGCCCCAAGGGCAUGGCGGGAGGCUACAUUGCCUACUCGGCCGCCAAGACCAAGGCCGAGCAAGCGCUGUGGAAGUGGUACUCUGAAGAAAAGCCCGCGUUUGUUUUGAAUUCGGUCGUACCCAACGCCGCCCUCGGUAAAGUGCUCAUUCCAGAACACCAAGGCUUCCCAACAGCUGUCGGAGUGCUCAAGAGCCUCUGGCAAGGCCACCUCUCCCCGGAGUUCGUUGCCAUGUUUCCAGCUCAGUGGUACUGCGACGUAGUCGAUAUCGCCCGCAUCCACAUUGCCGCUCUGCUUUUUCCGGACGUCAAAUCCGAACGUCUCAUCGCUUACGCGGGCCGCUUCAACAUUAAUGAUAUCCUUGCCGUCUUCCGAGAGGCUCAGCCCGGCCGCAACGUCCCUGCUGAUCUGCCUGAUCUUGCCUCCGACAAGGGCAAGAUCGACAAUAGAAGGGCAACCGAGUUGAUGGAGCGCAUGCUCGGAGGGAGGACUUGGACCACCUUGAAAGACUGUAUCACACCGUUGGCCGAGCAGUACGCCUUCGCUGAGGCUGUGCCAGAGAAGUAG